GGCCAGCCGCUGCACAGCCUGUGUGAGCUGUUCUCGAGAUGACCUUGUGGAGAAGAGGCCGUGUGCGUGGAACUCCUCCCGUGUCUGUGAAUGUCGACCUGGCAUGUUCUGUGCCAUGUCUGCCGUCAACUCCUGUGCCCGCUGCUUCCUCCACUCCGUUUGCCCAGCAGGGAUGAUUGUCAAGUUCCCAGGCACAGCACAGAAGAACACUGUCUGUGAGCCGGUCCCAGGGGUCAGCGCUGCCUGUGCCAGCCUGGAGAACUGCAAGGACCCCACCAGUGGCACCAUUCUCCAGGCCAAGCCCACUCUGGUGUCCCCAGCAAUCUAUAAUGCCAGCACCAUGCCUCUAAGCGGGGUUGCCCGCCUCGCCCAGGAAGCUGCUUCUAAAUUGACAAUGGCCCCCAACGCUCCCUCCUCUGCGGGAUGGCCUAGUUCACAUCCAGGUCUGUCCCCAACACAGCCGUGUCCACAGGGGUCUGGUGAGUGUAGGAAGCAGUGUGAACCAGACUACUACCUGGACAGGGCCGGCCGCUGCAUGGCCUGUGUGAGCUGUUCUAGAGAUGACCUCGUGGAGAAGACGCCAGGUGCAUGGAACUCCUCCCGCAUCUGCGAAUGUCGACCUGGCAUGUUCUGUGCCAUGUCAGUCACCAACUCCUGUGCCCGCUGUGUCACCUACCCGAUCUGUGCAGCAGUGAUGGUCACGAAGCCCCAGGAUGUAGCUGAGAGGGACACCACCUUUGAGCCGCCAACCCCAGUGACCCCUGACUGCAUCCUCACCCCAGAGAAUGGCAAGACGCCCGCCAGCACCAGCCCCACCCUGAGCUCCCUGGUGGAUUCCCAGGCCAGUAAGACACUGCCCAUCCCAACCAGCGCUCCCAUUGCUCUCUCCUCCACGGGUAAGCCCAUUCUGGAUUCAGGGCCGGUGCUCUUCUGGGUGAGCCUGGUGCUCACCGUGGUGGUCGGCGCCAGCGCCUUCCUCCUGUGCCACCAGAGGGCCUGCAGGAAGCAAAUUCGGGAGAAGCUCCACCUGUGCUACCCGGUCCAGACCUCCUGGCUCAAGCUGGAGCUUGUGGAUUCCAGACCCAGGAGGAGCUCAACACAGGUGAGGAGUGGCGUGUCGGUGACAGAAUCCCACGCAGAAGAGCUGCAGUUAAUGAGCCCUCCAGCGCAGCCAUUGGAGAUCUGCCACAACGUGGGGGCAGCCAGCCUGGAGAGCCUGCCGUUGUGGGAUGCCAGCCCAGCCGGGGGCCCCUCACCACCCAGGGACCUUCCUGAGCCUCGGGUGCCCACGGAACACACCAAUAACAGGAUUGAGAAAAUCUACAUCAUGAAGGCUGACACCGUGAUUGUGGGGACCAUGAAGGCUGAGCUGCCCGAGGGCCAGGGCCUGGCGGGGCCAGCAGAGUGAGAGUUGGAGGAGGAGGAGCUGGAGGCAGACCAUGGCCCACACUACCCCGAGCAGGAGACAGAACCGCCUCUGGGCAGCUGUGGCGAAAUUGCCAUGCUCUCGGUGGAAGAGGAAGGGAAGGAGGCCCCCUUGCCCACAGCUGCCUGUGGAAAGUGAGGCCUGGGCUGGCCUGGGGCUCGGAGGGCAGCAGGGUAGCCACUAGGCGGCCAGAGUGGCACUGUUGGCACCAAGCUUGGUCCAGCAUCUAGCAGUGGACCAGCCCGUCAUUGCAGGGGUCUGGUGGUCUCUGCUUGCA